AUGUGGUUACCGAAUGCAGCUGACGGUUUAGGUAUUUAUUCGAGCUCACGUUUUCGUGAGCUGCCUUCCGCCCGACCCCGACUUCACCUCUGCUUGCCAGCAACUGCAGAGGACGCUUUACCCAAGAUGUCAGUUGACGUUCCGCGUACUUUUGGAGCCUUGAUGGUUGGAGGCAUCGUGGCUGCAGUCUUUUCUGGUGUCGUCACAUCACAAGCUUUCGCGUACUUUAAACAGUACCCGGAUGACGCACCAGUAGUCAAGACUAUUGUUGGAGUCGUUUGGGGACUCGAUUUCUGGCAUACCAUCUUUGUAACUAUUUCGCUGUGGUACCAUCUCAUCGAGAACUUCGGCGAACCGGAGAACAUCGAUUAUAUCCCUUGGUCGUUGGCGAUGACGAUCGCGUUCACUGCUACGCUCACAUUCCUUGUUCAUUUAUUCUUCGUGCACCGCAUCUUCAAGCUCAGUCACAAUAACUAUUAUCUCGCGAUACCCCUUGGCAUGAUCGCCGUGGCUCGACUCGCCUUUGCCUGUCUUACCACAGUCACCAUGAUUACUCUCAAGAGCCUGAAGCUCUUCGUUGAGAGAUAUACAUGGUCUUUCACGACGGGCUUGACGUUAUCUGCAGUCCUCGACGUUCUGAUCACUGGCCUGCUCUGCUACCUUCUGUUGAAGAGCCAGAAGUCUAACUCGAGUAUGAACCACAUCCUCGACAAAUUGAUGCUGUACGCCUUUGAAAACGGUUCACUGACUUGCGCGGCCACCGUGAUUUCUCUCAUUUGCUGGCUUGCGAUGCCAGAGAACCUGAUAUUCAUGGGGCUGCAUUUCGUGAUUAGCAAAUUCUACGCCAACUCCCUCCUUGCAACUCUUAACAAGCGCAGAGUCCUCCAAGCUGGUCCCCGGUCGCAACAAUCUGGUUCCGGUGGAAAUCUCGCAAUCAUGUUUCCGGAUUCGUUUGGGCUGACGUCGAGGAAAGCGAGGCACGAAUCUCAUGCUCCUGCGCUAUCACAGGUCCAUAUCAAGGUCGACCAGACAAAAUUGUCCGUUACGGAUGGAGCGGGAGCAAGUGACCUGAAGAGUGAAUCGCCUCAGGGAUAUUGA